GCUAUAUAUACCAGGUUACACUUGGCUGUAGUCGAGAAUAUCCGCCACAGCAGUGCUGUACGCAUUCAACAAAACGAUUACGUUGUUGGGACAGUGCCAUAACUGUCUUCUGUCGAGACACCGCUGCAUGGGUAACAGACCACUGGAGAUGUUCACCGAUAAACACAGGGAGGACCUGAGGGUCAAGGGUUAUACUGUUGUUGAGAACGUAUUAACCAAUGAAGAUGCAGAAAGAUAUCGAGGAAUGUACUCUGAUUGGCUGGAAACAUUCAAGGGCACUUGGCCCCACUCGAUCAAAUCCCUAAUUCAGAGGUACAAAGUUGGACACAUGGAACCGACCUGGGCCGUGAGGCUUAAAGCCAAGAAGGUCUUUGAGGAGGUGUGGGGUACGGAGAAACUUCUGAGCAGCAUGGAUGCCAUAGCUAUUGGGCGUCCCCCAGAGGAUGGAGAGGAGGAUUUCCAGUCCCCGGGGCGGCACUGGCUGCACAUAGAUCAAGGGCCGGAGAGGGAGGGGCUACACGCCUAUCAAGGUGCUGUGUAUCUCGAGACGGUCGAUGAGGAUGACUGGGCGUUCGAGGCGAUUGAAGGUACUCACGAAUAUCAUGAUCGGUACUACGAGGAAAGCGACUACGGUAUUAUGAAAAGGAAGGACAAUCCAACAUGGCGCUUUAAGAACCUUCGAGAUGAGGAUAUCGAAUUUUUCACCGAGGAGCGAGGGCUCAGGAGAACCAGAGUGACUGUUCCGAAAGGCGGGAUGAUUUUGUGGGACUCUCGUCUCGUCCAUGCCAAUUCUCGUGUUAUCAAAGGAAGGAUGAACCCCGGUAGGUGGCGCUAUGUAGUAUUCGUCUGCAUGACUCCCGCCAAAUGGGCUGACAAGGAAUCCCUGCAAACCAAGCAAAUGGCAUAUGAGGAACUGCGCAUGACAACCCAUUGGCCGAGCAAUGGGAUAGGACUGUUAGCGGAAAAACUUCCCCCUUAUGCCCCCGAAGAUCCAAACCCUCUAACAGAACACCCCCCAUCGGCCAGAACGAAAGAAGCCAAACAACUGGCCGGAGUCCUUCCCUAUUCAGAAUCAAUGGAUGACAGCAAGGUCAUGGAAGCUCCCAAAUUCCGACUGGACUUUCUGAAAACAGUUCAUCCGCAAGUUAUUGAUUUUGGAAAUGAUGAAGCUUUUUUGAGGAGGAGAAUGGUCACGCUGUCUGUGUUUGCUAUCCUCAUGGCUGUCAGCGUUUACUACUGGGUGUUGUAGUGUGGGCUCUGGUACAUGAUCACUGAACUUUGGUUGUGUCGCAGACAAACUUCCAGUACUUAUGAGGGGGCACGGGUGGCCAGUCGUCUAAAGGCGCCGCGAUUCGCUAUGCAGAGUUGCGUCCCUUGGGCACACAAGAGACCUAUGAU